AUUUUGCGUUUGCCACUGUAGUUUACUAAACAUGUUUUGUAGGAAAUAUUUUAUUCAGUAAAUCACAAAAAAGUAGUAAGACGCAUUUAACAACACCGGGACCUACUGCUUUUACCGAGAAUAGCUUAGUUUAUUGAACGAAUUCAAAAUGUAUCACAUUCUGUGGUUAACUAUGUUGCUGGCCCUCGUCCGGCCGUCCAUACAAUUCAGCGAUAUGUUCAACGAAGAAAUGUUUAUAAAACCACUUCCGGAUGGAUUUGUUUACAGCUACUUUCAGUUCACGACCCGCUGGGAUCUGAAUUCCAACGACAGUCUGUUACACACCCAUUUGGUGUCCCGUUCCCUGGCGGAACUUUUUCACCACUACGAUAUCGACGAACUGCAUCUCAGCUUCACCAAUGGCAUUUGGCGUUACGAAAAUUGGGGCUUUCCGGUCCUCGAUGCUGGACCGGGAGCGGAAGUUUGGGCGUGGUUCGAAUCUACCACAGUAGGCGAUGCGGAAAUUGACGGCAAAUGGAAACUACUGUGCGGAACGCUUUCCGGGCUGUUUUGUGCCUCGUUGAGUUUCGUUGACAGCACGAAUACCUUCCGGCCGGAAUUUUCUUUACGACCGCAAACGCAUCGCUUCGAUGGUCAACCGGCGGGAAAGAUCCGCUAUGCGGCUCUGCCGCGAGAAGUUGUUUGUACGGAAAAUUUGACACCUUGGAAGAAAUUACUUCCGUGCAAAUCGGAGGAAGGGUUUGCUUCGCUACUGACGCCCGAUCAUAUCUAUACGAGCAAUUACAAUUCGCUGGCAGUGCACAUUAGGAAACUUUGCGCCGAUAAAGAGUGCGUUCAAUUUCAGCUGGAAGUUAGACAAAGUUUAAGCUUGGUUCAGGAUCAACGGCUUUUCGGUGGAAAAGAUUGGUCUAUUCGUAAACUUUUCGGGCAGGGAUUGGAGGGAGCUUGUAUUCUGUCCGAAAGUAGUCGUUUGUACGUAGAUGUUACUCAUCAGGAGUACGAAAUGACGCAAAAGCCGACCAAUAUUAUACAUUCCACGCGAGGAGGAGCAAGCUCUGUACUGUACGAGUAUGACAUCAAGGAAUUCGAGAAGAAACAGCGGAUGUUUAACGUUGCCGCCAUAGAUAAGCGAGACCCGAAUUUAGUAUCGAUAAUUCAGGCUCCACCAAUCUAUUCCAAACGAUUCAUUUCCGGCGUAGGCCAGGAACGGGGACGUAUCGUUACUCGAAUCACAAACACCCACUGGACUGAACUAAAUUUGUUAAUUUUCGAAAACAUUCCUUGGUUUGUACCAAUCUAUUUGCACACGCUGAAGAUCAAAAGAAACGACGAACGGAUCAUUCCCAAAGUGGUCAAAUACGUACCGGGUCGACAGCGAGAACGUCCCACCCAGCUGGAGCUUGCAGUCACCAUACCGGCUCGAUGCACCAUUGAACUAUCCAUUGACUUUGACUAUAUUUUCCUCAAAUGGCAGGAAUAUCCGCCAGAUGCCAGUCAUGGCCACUACAUGCAACCGUCGAUUAUUUCGGUGCUGUUACCGAUAGGACGCAACUAUACCGCGCUACCACAGGAAGCUGCUCUGUUUAGGGACACUUUCAACGCAACUCAACCGAACGGAUACUUUCUGCAGAUACGAACCGAAGCACUUCUGCUGACUCUACCCAUUCCGGAUUUCAGCAUGCCAUACAAUGUGAUUUGUCUAGCCUGUACUGUCGUUGCUCUGGCAUUCGGGCCGAUACACAACAUUUCCACCAAGAAAAUUGUCGCCAAAAGUAAGGAAGCGGCAAAACCCAAACUGAUGGAUAAAGUCAAAGGUUGGUUCAAGCGUAAAGCAAAAAAAGUUGAUGACGUUGGCACAGAAUCCACGCCUAGUGCGGAUAAGACUGAGCAGAAGUAGCUGUGAAAUAGUUUUAUACCAAAUAAGUAUGAGUUGUAACUAAGUCACCGUUUAGAAUAAACCAUA